UAGGCCCCGCCCCGCUGCGAACUUGGACCUGGUUUCCUCGUGCGUGUUCACUCGGAGUCCGACACGAUGACCAUCCGCGUGCUGGAGCUGCUGUUCUUCCUGUACUUCUCCUCUCACAUCCCGAUCACGCUGUUCAUCGACCUGCAGGCCCUGCUGCCCGCGCACCUGUACCCCCAGCAGCUGAAGGACCUGCUCAGAUGGUACGCGGAGGAGUUCCGGGACCCCAUGAUGCUGGACCCUCCGGAGUGGUUCAGGUCUUUUGUUUUCUGCGAGGCUCUGGUUCAGAUGCCGUUCUUCCCCAUCGCAGCGUACGCCUUCCUGAAAGGGGGCUGUAAGUGGAUCCGGACCCCUGCCAUCGUGUACUCCACGCACGUGGCCACCACACUGCUCCCCAUCCUGUCCCACAUCCUCUUCCACCAGUUCCCUCAGACACCCCACCCUGGUCCUCAAAGCCCGCGGGAGCGCUGGCUGCUGGUGUCCAUCUAUGCUCCGUACCUGCUGGUGCCGGUGCUGCUGCUGCUCACCAUGCUGCUGUCCUCCACCUACAGCCCCAGCUCCAGGCCUGCAGGCGCCACCAAAGCCAAGAAGAGGAGAUGAAACCUGACAACUGCGCGCUCUGUGCAGAUCUAUGUGUACUUUUGUUGUGUUUCUGUUUUUGAGAGUCAAGGAUUGAAUAAAAGAAAUUCACCUCUUUUGACA